UUACAGCCUUUCCGCGCACCUUCCUUCCCUUCCCAUCUUCCCCCCCCCCCCACUCCGACAAUCACCAUGCCCCGCUUCUAUGAGAACAAGUACCCCGAGGUGGACCAGCUCGUCAUGGUCCAGGUCCAGUCCAUCGAGGACAUGGGUGCCUACGUCAAGCUCCUCGAGUACGACGGCAUCGAGGGAAUGGUUUUGCUCUCUGAGCUGUCGCGUCGGCGAAUUCGUUCCGUGCAGAAGCACAUCCGUGUCGGCCGUAACGAGGUCGUCGUUGUCAUGCGUGUGGACCCCGACAAGGGCUACAUUGACCUGUCCAAGCGCCGAGUGUCUGCCGAGGAGGUUGUCAAGUGCGAGGAGCAGUACGAGAAGGGCAAGGCGGUCGAUUCGAUCCUCACGCAGGUCGCCAAGCGCCGCGGUGUGACUCCUGAGUCGUUGUACGAGAAGAUUGCCUGGCCUCUGCACCGCAAGUACGGCCACUCGUACGAGGCGUUCAAACUCUCGAUCCAGGAGCCCGACGCCGUCUUUGGCGGCCUCGACAUUGACGAGGAGACGUUGGCCGAGCUCAAGCACAACAUUGCCCGUCGCCUGACCCCCAAGCCUGUCAAGGUGCGCGCCGACAUUGAGGUCAAGUGCUUUGCGUACAGCGGUAUCGAGGCUAUUCGCAAGGCGCUCCGCGCUGGUGAGGCGUGCUCUACCGAGGAGGUACCAAUCAAGGUCCGCCUUGUCGCGCCGCCACUGUACGUCAUGUCGACGACAAGCACGGACAAGACCGCCGCCAUCGAGAUCAUGGAGAAGGCCGUCGAGGCGAUCGGGAACACUAUCGCCGAGGAGAAGGGUGACAUCACCAUCAAGAUGGCACCCAAGGUCGUCUCGGAGACUGAGGAUGCCGAGCUCAAAGCUCUCAUGGAACAGUUCGAGCAGGCGAACAUGGACGUUGCGGGGGACGACGACGAGGACUCGGAGGACGACGAGUAGAGGACUACUGGCAGCGACGGCACGAGCAUUUGCAUGGGUAUCUGACAUAUGCAUUGGUGCUCCAUGUCGGGUGCCAGGAUGUAAUAGAAUGAUACAUGUUUUGUGUGGCAUAUUUGGGGGUGCGGAGAAAGUCACUGCGCGACCAUGACCCACCAUGUAAACGGCUCUCCGCCCAUCUCCCACU